AUGGGCCUACGCGAGAGGCUUCUGACGGCUGCGGUGGCCCUACCGCUGGCCCUGUGGGCCAUUUUCCAUGACGCCUGGCUGUGCCUUUCCCUGGUUCUAGUGCUACAGGCGGUUUGCGUGCAGGAGGUGGGCGAGCUUCUCCGCAGAACAAGGGCCGCUCGAGCAGUAGCUGCCACGGGCGUUGGGGCGGGUUUGCUGGGCAGCACGUUCCUCUUCCACAUCAUCGCCGAGACGAUUUCUCUAAUCACCGCGUUCUGUGGCCGCGACGCUGCAGGGAUCGCGAUGUGCGUCGGUAUGGCUUUAAUUGUGGCCCGCCGCCUGGUGCUCAUGCGUGACCACUGGGCUGCUUCGAACCUAUCCGCGGAGAAACCGGUUUGGGUUGGCGGGAGGGGCGGUGAUGGUGGGGAAGGGGAUGGCGCUGGGGUGAUGGAGGCUGGAGUUUUCCUGCUGGCCCUCGAAAUUUCUGCGAUGCUUUGGCUGGUCUGUGGCUGCUCCUCACUUGUAGCGCUUCGAUUCAGGGGCUCAAGAGGCGCUGCAGAUGUUCUUUUCCUCCUGGCGGUUGUGUUUAACUCGGACAACGGAGGGUUGCUGGCGGGCUCCAUGUACAAGGCUCUUCGACGAAAGCGGCAGCUGCACCUUCCCAGCAGCGAGCUUCUCCAACGACGCAAACGAUCGUCUGCGAGUCAAACACCGCCGGCCGCCACUGGUGCCGCCGAGAUGACCCCCGGGAAAAAACAGCCAGGUCUCCUCACCGUCGCGAGUCCCGGCAAAACCUGGGUAGGCGUCACUGGAUCCAUCGCCCUGGGAACGGCCACUGCCCUGACUCUGGAACAGGCUCUUCUCUUUCUGUUGCAUGGAACGUUGCUGUCGAAAGUCGGGGAGAGUCUCCCGGGCGAGGAGGAACGAGGGGAUGUUUUGUCCGUCGGGGGCAUGUCAUCCGGGGGCCUCGGCGUUGUAGGGGCUGGCCUUUGCGUCGUGGGCGUCGUGGGGGAUUUAUGGGAGUCUCUGCUGAAGCGAACGGCGAUGGUAAAGGAUUCCGGCACGGUCUUUCCUGGCCACGGGGGCUGCCUGGACCGUCUGGACGGUGUCUUGGCAGCAGCACCGCUAUACUUGGCUGUGCUCGCGGCGUUUGGGUUGUCACCAGUAGAUGAGCCAUAGAUGUGGCAGCUGAUGUUCGCACACGGUAGCAGUGUUUAACUGGUUUUAACAUUACGUGCGACGCAGAAUGUCCCUCGCCGCUUACCCACACGUGCAUGACCUCCACUCCCGUAGUACCCGGUGUUUUGUUUCGGCGUCAUGAUGCGGAGGCCACGACUGACAGCUUUCAUCGCACAGGUGAUGAUUCUGAAAAGUUUCCUAUUGUCAUUUGGUAGCUUGCGCCACGUGAUUUCCUGGUCGCCCUCAAGCGGCAAGUGCUCACCGGGAGAAGAACGGUGAAUGGCCAAGCGACGUUUUUUUGGAACCACGUACCCAAACGCAACGGCAAACCAACGUCAUGUCGAGGAAGAAUACGAUCAAAGACCUACAGUAGUGGCGUGCAGUAAUCCUGCAAGCUGUGGUGUGCCCGAGGAUGACUAUGGUGAAACGAUCCCGUUGUGUUGGUUCCUCCGUCUGUGCCAUGGUCGGGCGGUGGAGUGAAAGAGCGUGUUGAAUCGAGGUGAAACAUUUC